AUUAUAGCCAUCAUAUCAUUCAUACUAAUCUACAUAUUCUUGUCCUCAUUGAACACCAACUCGUGGACUGAUUUGAAGACCAAAAACGGCACAAAUGGUAACACCGGUGAUGGAUCUGGUGGUGAAUCCCACGACAAACCGAUGUCACACCAAACGAUACAACGAAUGCUUAUGAAUGAGAAAUACUUUCAAAUCACAGAUUGCGGCCUUCCAACGGAUUCCGUAUACCCGCAGUACAUGGUGUUCGAGCCCUUACCCAUAAAUCUGUAUCAAAACUGGACAAUGAAUUGGCGCCUCAUAUUCAGGAAUCCCAUGCAAUGGACGACACAAAUGGACGUCGAGGUCGAGAAGAUACUGUUCGGUCUCCAGUGGCUCAAGAUUAAGAUCCCGUGCGUUAUGGAGUACUUCGGCUCCUGUAGCUUCAACUUCUGCAAGAUGUGGCAAAUCCAUUGGGACGAGCAGUUGUGCGCUUACAUCCAGCAGAACUACAACAUGAGCUGCCAGUGCCCGGACACCUUCGCCCUCGACGUACUCGAUUUCAAUGAUUUGCAUUAUAUGCCAAUUGUGGACAGGAUUAUGAAGUACUUCUCGUGGUUUGCGGCCGGCUGGUAUAAUGUAAACGUCAGACUCUUUGAUAAAGUCACGAAACAACAGUAUCUGUGCGUUAAAACACAUUUCAAUAUCGAUGUCACACACGAUGAUGAGGACGAGGAUUAA